AUGUUUCUAAGGCCAUCGGGUAAAAGAAGACGAAGGAGGGAUAAAUCAGUGAGUUCAAAAGGCAAUGAACCAAAUCCAGAACGAGAACCAGAACAUGCAAAGGUUGAUCGGCUGGAGUUGCCUCGUACAGAUGUUGUCGAGGCACCAGCCGUUGAGCUGCCAAGCAUGCAUAGCGAAGUUGAAGUCAGAGUGGAAAAUCCAAUUUCCAAUGCGAAUGCUCAACAAUGGGGAGAAAGGGAAGAUCUGAAGCGUCGUUUAAUAUUAUACAAAGCUGCUUUAGGAGGAGAUUGGAAAGCUGCUGAACCUGUUCUGAGAUCGGACAAAAGUGCAGCUUGUCUUUUGAUAACAGAAAGAGGAGAAACGGCUCUUCACAUAGCUGCUCUCUCCAAGCAAACUGCGAUUGUCCACAUGCUAGUCGAAUACUUGGACGAAGGAGACCUGGAAUUUAAGAACAAUCUUGGAGAUACAGCUUUCUGGUUUGCAGCUGCAUCUGGGGAUGUAGAAAUUGCCAAGGUCAUGUACGGAAAAAAUAAUACUCUGCCAACAAUUCGAUGCAGAUCCAGCACGAGCCCAAUUGAAGCGGCAGCUUUGAUGGGAAACAAAAAAAUGGUUGAAUAUCUUUACAAUAUUACACCUCUUCGAGAUUUCAAGGCUGAGGAGCGCAUGGACAUUCUUGUCGCAACUAUCAACACUGAAAUGUAUGAUAUCGCAUUAAAAAUGUUGACAGAAGAUAGAAGUAUAGUUACUUCUUCUCCAGACGACAUGAGAGGACUUGCUCUACACAAGUUAGCAAAAAAACCUUUUUCGGAUUAUGGUACAAGUCAAGAAUGGAUAUGUGAAAAUCUCGUUAGAAUCGUCCCUAACGUUCCCUGUUUCAAAAGGAUAUAUGGUUCAAUUCAAAAGCGGAGAAAAGCCGGUCAGUUGGUAGAGAAGCUCUGCACACACAUUCUGACUUUAGAGGACAAGGAAAUUUUAAAACUAUUUCACGGGACUCCUAUACUCAACGAUGCUGCAAAAAUUGGGAAUGUCGAGUUUUUGACUCUGCUUAUUCACGCAUAUCCUGAUCUUAUAUGGCUAAUCGACUCAAAAGAUAAUUACUCCAUAUUUCAUGUUGCUGUUAUUAAUCGACAAGAGAAAGUCUUUAGUCUCAUCUACAAUACAGGAGCUGUUAAAGAUUCAUUGUUGAUCUGUACAGAUCAUUCCAAUAACAACAUUUUGCACUUGGCUGCGAAAUUAGCACCUGCAAGCAGGCUCAAUAGUAUAUCUGGAGCAGCUCUUCAAAUGCAGAGAGAGCUAUUAUGGUUUAAGGAGGUGGAGAAGAUUGUACUGCCUUUUAAUGUUCAAAAGAAAAACGAUGAGGACAAAACACCUAGGGAGUUGUUUACGAAGGAACAUGAGAAGCUACGGGAAGUCGGUGAGGAUUGGAUGAAGGACACUGCAACUUCUUGCAUGGUUGUGGCAACCUUAAUUGCCACAGUUGCGUUUGCUGCAGCCUUUACUGUACCAGGUGGGAAUAAGGAAGAAACAGGUGCUCCAUUUUUCUUGAACAAUAGGUGGUUCACAGUUUUUGCUAUAUCUGAUGCAGUGGCAAUGUUUAGCUCGACAGCUUCUAUAAUGAUGUUCUUGUCUAUCUUAACUUCACGCUAUGGAGAAGAUGAUUUUCUAUUUACAUUACCGGCAAAGUUGAUGGUUGGACUAAUUACGCUCUUUGCUUCAAUCGUUUGCAUGGUCUUAACAUUUAGUGCAACCUUCUUUUUGGUCUACAAGGAAGAAAAGGACGGGACAUUGCCAAAAAUUGUUGCUGGUCUUGCUUUGCUUCCAAUCACUUUAUAUGCAGUGCUAAAUUGUAGGUUAUGGAUUUCCCUAAUCCGCUCAACAAUCAUGCACAGGCUUAUGUUUCGACGGGGACCUGACCUUGAAACUGCAAAUCUAGGCAAUGGACUAGGUCCCGUGCUGCUUGCUGUUGAGCCUUCGAUAAAUUUUGUCUUGUGA